GUUCUUAGUUUAAAGCAUCCGCGGAGCUGCAAUUGGCAUUUGGAAGGGUGCGCGUUCAUUCAUCUGAGACGCUAGACUUCACUUGAUUCACCAACAGCGAGACGAGGAGAAAUGGCAUGGAGAGGACACCUAUCCAAGAAUUUGAAGGAGCUUCGGAUCUUGCUCUGCCAGACCUCUCCUUCAAGCGCCCCCGCUAGGGCAUUUGUUGAAAAGAAUUACAAGGACCUCAAGAGUUUGAAUCCCAAAUUUCCUAUAUUGAUCCGCGAAUGCAGUGGAGUCGAGCCGCAAUUAUGGGCUAGAUAUGACAUGGGUGUUGAGAGGGUUGCUCGUCUGGAGGGUUUGAGCGAGGCACAGAUCUCAAAGGCACUCGAAGAUCUAGUUAAAGUUGGGGCAUCCUGAAGCAUAAUCUGCUCUGAUAUUGUACUUGCAACAGACGUUAAUAAAUGGACGAGCUGAACUUUUUCUGUGAUGCUUUUCUGUUUACAUUCUGUUCGCUCUGCCGUUUUGAGAUUAUUGCUCAAAUUGUUAUUAGCUUGAGAAAAUCCAUGUUUCUGGUACGUAUAUCUAUUUGUUUAUAUGAAUAGGCUCUUUGGGAGUUAUUGUCAUAAUUUUUUUUAGUGAAAGAAACAAUUUCAUUGA